AUGCGUGAUGUUCUAUACCGCCAGGACGUACUGUAUGUGGCCAAAAGUUUUGUCCUCAGCCGAAAAUUACGGGCUGUGUCCAAGAUGAUAACUCGAAUCGCCGCAAUAGUGACAUAUCGUCUUGUGAAAGCUGUAACAGUUGCCAUCAUCAUGAAGGGUUUUCGUACAGAUGCGACUCGCACCUAA